AUGUUUAAGUUUCCAACAGACUGGAUUGUGAACAUAAAUGAAGAGAAGUACAUUGGCAUAACAUCUAUGUAUAUAACACGUGCUUUCAGAAAGGUUGACUUUAUACUUCAAGUCGAGAUAGAAAAUGACGAACAGUCUUUAAGCGCCCAAAACAUUCACAUAUACAAAUACUUUAAAGACGAUACAACUUUACAAGAAUGUAUGAUUUCAUUUAAUGAAAUGUUCGAGAAAAAGUUUAACAUUGAAGUACAAACUUUACAGCCUUUACGUGAGUUUCUUGCACAACUGAAAGAAGAAGGUAGUCAGCCACAACUUAUAGACUUUCAUUAUGAAUUUAAUGAAAAUGAAGAUGGAACACAUGACUGUCAGUUUGUUGUAUUCUCACCAUUCAAUGAAGUCGCUAAAGAGAAAGAAAAUCCAUUACGUAUAAGAUUUCAAAUCUCUGAACCAAGUGAUGAUUUCAAGAAUGUUUUCAAUUAUGAUGCAAUGCUUCCGAGGAAAAAUGAAUUUUCAAAGAUUGUAACACCUGGCAUUUGGGAUAGAAAGCAAGCUAUUCUUUUCUCUAAUAUAGCCAAAGGCGUUGAAAAUGAGUUCAUUGGUCAUACAAGAAAUUCACCACUGACAAAUCCUAAAUAUUACAAGCUUACUGGGAAAAAACCAGAAUUUUCGAAAAAGUGA